AUGGUAGACAUAACUCAUUGCCUCCAAAAGAACACCCAUAAUUCUGUGACAGUUUGGACGAACCCCAAUCCAAAGUACCUGGCUCCAGGAUAUAUGAGGGUGUGCCUCGUGACCCCUGCUGAUAGCUGGCUUAGAUGCAUGACCACAGUAUGCUCUUGGGUCAAAGAUGAAUCCUACACUACUCACGACUGCACUGUUGGUGACCAUGCUGGCUACUUGUACAAGUUUAAAGACCACGGAGAUGUGAAGUGGUCCUUCUACGACUUCAAGGUUGAGGAGGGUGCAAUCCAGCUCAAGUUCUAUUGCCAGACAUUCUUUUGGCGCUGGUGGGAGGUCAAUACGUUGGAGAUCAUUGAGACAUUUGUUGAUACAUUCAAGGACAAGUGUUUCACCGUGUACUGGGACGAUGAUAAUGGAUCAAAGUUCACUUUGUACAGCACUUUCUACACUUUCAACAUCCUGUACGAUUCCUACUUGGCUGAGAAGGCGGCUGGAACUGUGUCUGAUGAAACUUUGCCAACACCUUCUGGAUGGGUAGCGCCCCAAUCUAUCGCCAGAUCUGUCCCUCGUCCCAAGCCAAAACCAGUUCCAGUUGCUGCCCGUCCACCACGAAAGGAGAAGUCGCUCCAGAGAGAGAUGUUUGGUGAUGGCAAACUUGAGAAGACAAUGAAGCUGGAGCAACUACAUGAGGAGAUCAUUAUCCCUCCUAAGAAGUAG